AUGGGCUUUGAAAAGAGUCGUCGAACACGUCGCAGUAGUAGUAGUAGCAGCAGUGAUUCAGGAGACGAAUGUGCUUCCAGAAGUCAUAUUCGUCGUUUGAUGCAAGAUCGAACAGGUUCUCGAGCCAAAACUGUUGAGUGGAAUUCUCACACUUCAUGGAUUGUAUUCGCAUCAUUCCUCGUCCUCUCUCCUCUACCGUUUACAAAAUUCUCUUCUAAUUUCGGCCGUGAAAACGUUUACGAAAUGGAUAUGGAGAGAACAUAUCAAGAUGGAUUCAAGCCAAGACCUAUGGGUUUAAGAUGGAGGGAUGACGAUUGGGCUAUGCAGCAAUGGAAUUCUCCAAACGAUACCUAUCGUCCAAUUAUGGCAAUGCCCGUUUUGACUGAAAGGCAGAGGUUUGUUGGCAGACAAAUACCAACAACUUCGUCUGAAUCGGUGUCUAGUACCAGUCAAGAUCCAAGUUUGGAGGAUAUUGAACUGAUCGAUGUACUUUGGCGUAGUGAUAUUGCCGCGGAAAAAGGUUCUCGUCAAUUGACUCCAUCCGAUCAAUAUGAAAGAGAUCUUCAACUUUUGACAGAAAAAAGUACUCGCGCUCCUCUGGUUGGAGAAGAACCGUCUCGUUUUGAAGGGCUUGCCAAAGUAUACUAUGAAGGAUUCUACAACCCAUGCUCCAACAAGAACGGAAAAGCUGUAAACUCUGAACAGUAUGAAGAUAUGAAGAGUAGCGCUCCUACCGAUGACGAAUUAAACGCAUUACUGAGCGACAUGAAAACCAAAAACUCUGAACUUGAUCAGGCUAUCAGUUUUCCUUAUUCCCAGAGUAUGCUGGAAACGGAAAACACUCCUCUUUUGAACAACGUUAGUCUGUCUGAAGGAGUUGUAUUUAAUCAGAACAAUGUUACCGAAUUGCAUUAUCUCGGUAAUGAGCAAACUGUCCCUGAAAGACAGGAAUUCCCUAGUCCAUCUGCGGGUUUGUAUAACAGCUCAAGUCUUGAACUAGGAACUUCGUGGAUGCAACAACCUGAUGUAUCUCCAAAUGAAGUUUAUCCCACAGCACCACAUUUGAAUUAUGCUCCAUUCCCACCUAAUGAUACAGCUGUUCCAAUCGUGUCCACUGGGGUACAUUAUGAUCAUGCUUAUCAGACGCCUCGUGUCCAUGUAUAUGAUCCAUGUUACGGAGUUCGUUCUUCAUCGUUGAGCGAUUCUUCUUCUAUUUGCUCCUCGUCUUCGGCUACUUCUCCUUCUUACACAAGUGAAACAGAAAACAGAGCUCCAGGGUCAAGAUACUUCGGAAAGCUUGUUCCUCCACAAGAAAAGUAUUCUAAGAGAGAGAUUGAUGAAGAUGAAUAUUCUAAGCAUGCCACCGUUGUUCCGGCUCGUCGUCGUGGUCGUCAGUCGAAGGAUGAGUUUCUGGCUCAUUCUAAUAAGCUUCCAGUCUCAGCUCGUGAAAUAGCAGAGAUGGCUCUCUCCGAUUUGCAGAAAGUCUUGAAAAAUGACCGUUUAUCAGAUCAGCAAAGAGCUUUGAUCAGAAAAAUCCGAAGAAGAGGAAAGAACAAGGUUGCUGCACGUCAAUGCCGUCUUAGACGCGGCGACCGUGUUCAAAAGAAGGAAUGGUAA